AUGGACAGCAGUGCGGAGGAGAAGUUCAGGUUCUGCAUUGACAGGGGCGGCACCUUCACUGACAUCUAUGCCGAGGUACCCGGGAGAAGAGAAGGCUAUGUCAUGAAGCUCCUCUCCGUCGACCCGUCAAACUACGACGACGCGCCCAUCGAAGGGAUCAGGAGGAUCCUGGAGGAGUUCUCCGGAGAGAGGAUUCCCCGGUCGGCCAAGAUCCCCACCGGCAAGAUCGAGUGGAUCAGGAUGGGCACCACGGUCGCCACCAACGCCCUCCUGGAGAGGAAGGGCGAAAGGAUUGCGCUUUGUGUGACAAGGGGGUUUAGGGAUUUGCUCCAGAUUGGGAUCUCUGGGGAACUGGUGAGGGUGGCAAAGCCUGUUGAUGUUGAAGCAUUGAAGCCUCUGUUGAAAGUGCCUCGGGGCCUGACCGCAAGUGUGGACGCCUAUCUCACACCAGUCAUCAAAGAGUACCUAUCGGGAUUCAUGUCGAGAUUUGAAGGGGGUUCUGAACAAGUGAAUGUGCUAUUUAUGCAAUCAGAUGGAGGACUUGCACCGGAGAGGAGAUUCUCUGGGCAUAAAGUGGUAUUGUCAGGACCUGCAGGUGGUGUGGUUGGCUACUCGCAGACCUUGUUUGGACUUGAGACAUCAAAGCCACUGAUUGGGUUUGACAUGGGGGGUACAUCCACGGAUGUGAGCCGCUAUGAUGGAAGCUAUGAACAAGUUCUGGAGACACAGAUUGCUGGGUCAAUUAUUCAGGCUCCCCAGCUUGACAUAAACACUGUGGCUGCUGGUGGUGGAUCAAAGCUUAAGUUUCAAUUUGGUGCUUUCAAGGUUGGACCAGAAUCUGUUGGGGCACACCCUGGUCCAGUCUGUUACCGAAAAGGUGGUGAACUAGCAAUUACCGAUGCCAAUUUGAUCCUAGGAACUGUUAUUCCUGAGUACUUCCCAUCAAUAUUUGGUCCAAAUGAAGAUAUGCCCCUUGAUUAUGAGGCUACAAGAAAGGCCUUCGAAAAUCUUGCAGUUGAGAUCAACUCUCACCGAAAGAGUCAGGACCCAUCAGCAAAUGACAUGGCAAUUGAAGAGAUUGCACUUGGGUUUGUCAAUGUCGCAAAUGAGACAAUGUGCCGGCCUAUACGCCAGCUGACCGAAAUGAAGGGGCAUGAUACAAAGAACCAUGCCCUCGCAUGCUUUGGUGGUGCUGGCCCACAACAUGCAUGCGCUAUGGCAAGAUCCUUGGGUAUGUCUGAGGUACUUGUUCACCGAUAUUGUGGAAUAUCGAGUGCAUAUGGGAUGGGUCUUGCUGAUGUCAUUGAAGACUUGCAAGAACCAUACUCUGCUGCUUAUAAUACCGAGUCAUCUGCAGAAGCAUCUAGAAGAGAAGCCCUUUUAGUAAAACAGGUGAAAGAAAAGCUGAUGGAGCAGGGUUUUGGAGAGGAGAGCAUCAGGACAAAUUCAUACUUGAAUUUGAGGUACGAGGGAACUGAUACGGCCAUCAUGCCUCGUGAAUUGACGCAGAUAUCAACCAAACCUGUGAAAGAAAGUUCAUGCCAGAUUUAUUUUUCAAGUGGGUGGCAAGAUACUCUGCUGUACAAGCUUGAGAAUUUGGGUUAUGGCCAUGUCUUGGAGGGUCCUGCAGUUAUUGUGAAUGGGAAUAGUACUGUGAUCAUAGAAAAAGACUGUAAAGCCAUCAUUACAAAGUAUGGUAACAUAAAAAUAGAGAUUAAUGCAGCUCCAAGCACUGUAUCAAUAUCAGAGAAAGUUGCAGAUGUGGUCCAACUUUCUAUUUUCAAUCACCGAUUCAUGGGUAUCGCUGAACAGAUGGGUCGGACACUUCAAAGAACUUCAAUUUCCAUUAACAUAAAGGAAAGGCUAGACUUCUCUUGUGCUCUCUUUGGUCCAGAUGGUGGCCUUGUAGCAAAUGCACCUCAUGUCCCUGUGCAUUUAGGAGCAAUGUCUAGUACUGGAAGCUUAAUUUUUGGGGUGAUAACCUCCAUGAGGGUGAUGUUCUUUCGAGGUCACCAUGCUGAGAUUGGUGGCAUCACGCCAGGAAGCAUGCCUCCUUUCUCAAAAUGUAUCUGGGAGGAAGGUGCUGCCAUCAGAGCAUUUAAACUUGUUGAAAGGGGUGUUUUCCAAGAGGAAGGAAUAGUCCAGCUGCUGCAGUCACCUUGCUCUGAUGAACUUGCUGGCUAUAAGAUCCCAGGAACACAUCGGAUCCAAGAUAAUCUUUCCGAUCUCCAUGCUCAGGUUGCAGCAAACCAGAGAGGUAUAUCACUUAUCAAAGAACUGAUAAAUCAGUAUGGCUUGGUCACUGUUCAAUCAUAUAUGAACCAUGUUCAAAAGAAUGCUGAGGUAGCUGUCAGUGAGAUGCUCAAAACUGUUGCGUCUAAAGUUGCAAAGGAGAAUGGAUCAUGUGAAGAUUAUAUGGAUGAUGGCUCUGUCCUUCACUUGAAACUCACCCUUGAUGCUAUUAAAGGUGAAGCUACAAUUGACUUUGAGGGUACCAGUCCUGAGGUCUAUGGCAACUGGAAUGCUCCUGAAGCAGUUACAACAGCUGCUUUCAUAUACUGCCUACGGUGCUUGGUGGAUGUUGAUAUACCGCUAAAUCAAGGCUGCCUAGCGCCUGUGAAGAUCCUCAUUCCUAAAGGCUCUUUCCUCUCACCAAGUGACAAGUCUGCUGUUGUUGGUGGCAAUGUGCUAACGUCUCAGAGAGUGACUGAUGUUAUCCUAAUGGCGUUUCAAGCCUGUGCCUGCCCUCAGGGCUGCAUGAACAAUUUGACCUUUUGGGAUGACACCUUUGGUUACUACGAGACCAUUGGAGGUGGAGGUGGAGGUGGAGGUGGAGCUGGGCCAACCCCUGGAAUGGCACUAGUGGUGUUCAAUGUCACAUGA